AUGAAUGGGGAGACUGUAGCUAACAGGAAGAAUAUAAUUCAAGGCCAGAAAGAUUGGCAAUUAUCGUCUACUGGUCUCGACCAAGUCCGUCUGGUAGCUGGUCGGCUACAGAACGAGAACUUUACCCAUGUCUUUGCAAGUGACCUUAACCGUGCUGCUGAGACCGCAAAGGUGAUAGUAGAAAACAACAAAUGCUGUGAACAUAUUAUUAUAGUCCAUGACAAACGUCUUCGGGAACGGAAAUUUGGUAUCAUUGAGGGAAAAGGUUAUCGUGAACUGGUGACUGCUGCUAAAAAAAUAAAUACUUCUGUGGCCAAUUAUACACCAACUGGCGCAGAAACUCUACAACAGAUGCAAGAAAGGGCAAAAUCAUUCUUCAAAGAUUUGUGUGAUCAAAUACGUAAAAGCAGCCAGGUAGAAGAUGGCAAUUAUGUACCUGCACCAAUUAAGCGCCGCUAUAUAGAUGCAAUCAAUAGUACAAAACAAGAGCAUGAACAGCCUAAAACUGAUCAGACUGAUUGCUCAGUAAAUAUAAAACCAGUGAUAACAACUGCAGCUUACGAUGAUAGUGAACACAAGCGGAGAAGACACACACAUGCUAAGCAUCACAACAACCCAAAUUCAAAGCUGGAAAUUGGAAUCGUAAGUGAAAAGAGCAGCAGCAGAAUAAAGCAUUCUGUCCCAGCAACUCUCAGCGAUCAAGGAAUCACUGUAAAUUCUAAUAAAAGUUCUGGGACGAUUUCUUCAGUUCAGGAAUUGACAAAUAGCAGUAGCAGAAAUAAGAACUGUAACGAUGGAUGUACUCCGGCAGUAUCUGCAGGAACAAGGAAUUCUUUGUCAUCUUUGGAAAGUAAUAACACCGAACUGAAUGAUGGCUGUGAAAAUGAUAUAAUAGCAAAGCCUGAAAAUAAAAACAGUGCAUCUAUUAACUCAGUUUCUUCCUCUUUGGUUGUGGUUGAAACAGCAAGAGUAUCAAAAAACUCUUUGCCUGUAACGCUUUUGGACAAAGGAGCCAAUAAUGUUAACCCCAAUCAUACUGGAUCCAAUGGUGUAAAUUCAGCCAUUGGGUCUGGUAUUGCAAAACCCGGUGAUAUUAGGUUAAACAAUAAUAAUAAUAAUAAUAGAACCUCUACUAAUGACAGCAAUAUUGUUGAUCAUACUGAUGGUGCAUCAAAUACUAGCAAUGGGAAUGGUAACCUUGGAGGAAACAUGAAAAGGUCAAACUCAUCAAGUAGUUCUGGUUUCUCCAGUCUCCAGGAGGAGAGUGAGACACUAGAUUCUGAUGACAAUAGUAUCACAGCUCAUUUGGAUGAUGAAUAUGAAGAUACUCUUGAUAAUGAAGGUGAUGAUGAUGAUGACGACGAUGAUGACGAUGACGACGACGACGAUUUUUGUUUUAAGAAUUCUGAUUCCUGCUAUGACUCUCCUUUCACAGUACCAGUUACAGAUGCUGAGGUUCGAGGGAGCAUCCCAUGUCCAAAGACAACAAAGCAUGGCUGUCCCAAUGUAUCGCUCUCUCCUCUACUCGAACAUCGCCACUCUAACUUCUCCAGUAUGAGCUCUGGUCGUAGCAGUAGUUUUGAUGAUGGGGAUAGCUGCCAUCAAAGUAUAGCUGACGUCUUAAUUGUUAGCCAUGGGGGAUUUUUAAAAGAACUCAUUCGAAUUUUUAUCGAUGAACUUGAAUGUAAAUUUCCCGGUGGUAAAAGCCAUGCUCUACGUGUGUCUCCGAACACUGGUGUUUCAAAGUUUACUAUAACAGUGAGUGAACCAAAUAAAAUUCUUGCAACGUGUUUGCUGAUCCAUGAUAAAGACCAUCUACUGAAUCUUGGCUCCAAUUCAACUCUGCCUUCUAUUCAAGCUCCAAAAAUAUAUUCUUCAUCUCCAGCUUGUUCCCUUCCCUCUCCAAUUCCACCACCAUCCAACUAUAACAAAACCAACAAAAAUGUUAACCAUUGUUGUUCCACUUCUCCUCCCCUGCAAUCCCUAUCACCACUUUCAUCAAAGCUUUUAGCUAAAAUAAAACCAUCAACACCUAGAGAUGUGGCCCAAACAUCUUAAAUAACUAUGUGAAAUUUAUGUCAAACUUUAAAAUUACAAUGAUUUAUAAAAAGAAAGAAAAAUUAUCUGUAGUAAAAAUUAUAAUGGACAUAGUAAUUUUAUUUGGAGAGCUAUGCUAAUGUUUUCAAAAGCUGUUUUCAAAAUGAUUAUGAGUUGUUUAAAGGUGAUAAAAGAUGAUGGAAGUUAUGAUGUUUAUAUUUAAAAAAGCAAAAAAAGCAAAAACAAAGAGGUAUAUAAAUGAAAAAUAAACCAACAAUUCUAUGUUCAAAUUGCAAAUUGUAUCAAAGUAGUUCCAGAGCAGCAAUUUUUAAGGGUUGUGUCUGACCUACUUGAUUAAUAGUAGAGUCAUUUUGUAUUCAAUUUCCACUUUGUUUCACAUAUUUCAAGCCUUUUCUUGUAUCACAGAUCUGUGCCUCAUUAAAUUGAUUGUGCAUAUGUGUGCCUCAAAUGGUGUGCUCAUCCCCAACAUCUCUUAUUUCCCUUAAGCUUUUGACUAUUUGUGAUCCAGCCUCGAAAGGUAGGAGGAGAGUGAUAUAUGUCACCAAGGUGUAAGCUACCCUCAUUUUCGUUCAUUUUUUUUUUCCAUCCCUGUGUGAUCCUUUCAUCUAAUUGAACACAAUUUUUUUUUCUCUCACAUAAAAUACAUAAAGUAAAACAAUGUUUCUCUGUUUUAGUCAAAUCUGUUUGAGCUUGAAAUUAUUAAUUAUUUUUCCAUUUAAAAGAUAAUCAAUGCAAAUUUUCUGUAUUUCUGAAACCCUCUAUUUUAUUAAUUUUUUUUUUAACCUUACCUCAUUUUUCUUUCUUUGUACUAGUAUGUUUGUUAUAAAGGAGGAACUGUAUAACAGAGAAUCUCUUUUAAUAUCUAUGUAAUGAGGCUAGCUAGUUACCCCAGACAUAAUGUUUUUUUUACAUGUAUGCAUUUGGAAACUAAUAGUAUAUGUCUUUUCUCAUUCAAUUUGGGAAAAAA